GGAAGUGAUACUCUCCAAUCCUGUAAGCUGCAAGCUAAGAUGGCAUUCUAUGGCCCGUUAAUCUAUGUGGAUCAGGUUUGAAAAUUUUGAUGGCUGAGAACAUGCAAGGGGGGCGGUGCUCAGGUAAAUGCUUUAUAGUCCAGGUCCUAUACUUAAGAAUAGAAUGAUAUCAAAGAAUAAAUUUCUAAGAUACUCAGCUGUAUUCAAUAUUGAAGCUCAGUUCGAAUAUUAUAGUCUACAAAGGUCAAAAACGCUUCUUCUCCGUCUCUUGCUAUGUUCUAGAACUUAUCAUGGCAUCAACAGCUAAGCAUUUCUCUCCCGACAUCAUCCAAAGGGACCAACGCCAGGCCAAAGAAGACCAUGUUGAGAGAUCAGACUCUGCGAUAGAUUUGGAUCUUGCAUCUAAACACUAUCUUUCAGACCUUCUCCAUAGCAAGCGUCGGCCAGCGCAAAGCAAGGACACUGAUGAUUACCUCAGCCAAAGGGAAGUUUCUGUCAAACCAUUCUCUCUUCUGAAUCCUACGCAAAACCAUGAUGAAAUUCGAAGACAAAUGCCAUCAGAUGCGACAUUUAUCGAUGCCUACCCGUGCACGGCUCUUCAAGAAGGGCUGUUGGCAUUAUCGAUGAAGGAGUCUGGUAGUUUUACUCCUCAAAUCAUUUGCAAGCUCCCCAAAAGCAUUGAUUUGAAUAUGUUCAAAGCUGCUUGGCAGAAUGCAGUCAAUUCAAAUUCGACACUCCGAACUAGUUUCGUUCAAACACAGAAUUCAGGCCUACUUCAAGUAGUUCUGGCGCCAGAACCCAUUCUCUGGUCAGAAGAAAUCGAUCUAGAAAGUUACUUGAGUAACGACAGGAUCAUCUUCCCUUCAUUUGGAAAGCUUCUAUUGAGAUACGGUCUCAUUCAAAAACACCCAUCUGAUUCAUUAUAUUUUGUUUGGACUUUUCAUCAUGCCAUUCUUGAUGGAUGGAGCAUGCGCUUGGUGCUUCGACAAGUCGAAGAAUCAUACAGAGGGGAGACUUUUCAACCACUAGUCGAAUUCAAGCAUUUUAUUGCCCAUCAAAUGAGACUUGAGAAGCAAUCACAGAAAGCAAGCGAGACGUUCUGGAGUAAUCAUCUAGUAAAUUCUUCCGGGGGGCAAUUCCCUGUUGUCCCAUCGCGACAUCAUUCGCGUGCGAAUGGCUAUUCGGAAAAAUUCAUUCCCGUUAAAGAAAACCUAUUGGCAGGUGCAACGGUCUCUACAAUCAUACAAGCCGCAUGGGGAAUUUUGGUAGCACGACGUACCGCUUCAACGGAAGCUACUUUUGGUCUCGUUCUUGCAGGGAGGAAUGCAGAGAUUUUAGGAUUCGAUAUGAGAAGAGUAAAUGGUCCAACAUUUAAUUCCUUACCGAUGCGAGUGAUUAUUGAGGAUGAAAAAUCUGCAGAGGAUCUAUUUGCUUCUGUUCACGCUUCUCGAGUCGCAAUGAAACCCCAUCAGCAUCUUGGCCUACAAAAUAUACGCAGACUCGGAGCGGACUGCACAAAAGCUUGCAGCUUCCAGAAUCUACUCGUUGUACAGCCCAGAUUAGAGAGCGAUUCCACCAGUAUAUUCGGGGCCAGAGAAAAUACUAGUGACCACUGGGCAAAGUUGAAUGCUUAUCCUCUCAUGAUGCAAUGUGAUUUAAUGGGAGAUGGCUUCACUGCAAUGGCCAGUUACGACUCCCACGUAUUACCUGAUCAAGAAGUCAAUAUUUUGCUGCAGCAAUUUGAGAACAUCAUUUCUCGUUUGUCCGAUGCAAACACACCAGUUGGCAAUAUAGGGCUUGCAAUGACAAAAUUGCAAAACCAAUUAGCAAUGCAAGAGACCGAAGCUGAAGAGGUUCAUUCUUGUGUCCACGAAGUCAUUCGACAGAUUUCACAAAACCGCGGGUCUGAUGUAGCGGUGACAUCUUGGGAUGGAGAAUUGAGUAAUUCGCAAUUACAGUCCAUAUCUGAUCGUCUAGCAUAUUUCCUACAACUCGCUGGUGUUGGGCCUGAGAUUAAGGUUGCACUGAUUUUUGAAAAAUCUCUGUGGGCAGUAGUCGCCAUGAUUGCAGUGAUGAAGGCAGGAGGAACUUUUGUACCUAUGAACCCAGACCAUCCUGAAGAUCGGAUCAGGAAGUUGGUAAAGCAAAUAGGUGGCACGAUGAUCCUAUGCUCCGAAAAUCUCAUCUCCGCUUUUACGGGCAUUGCAGACCAAACAUUUGCCGUGGGAGAAUCAAUGCUCGAAACUUUACCCAGUGGAGAGCUGAAUACGGAUGUUCAGCCAAAUAAUUCUGUCUAUAUUAUUUUCACUUCUGGCAGCACUGGAGAGCCAAAGGGAUGCGUUAUAGAGCAUGCUACUUGCUGUGCUACCAUGCGUCACCUCUCUAAUUUCUCCAAAUUGGAUUCACGGAGUCGCACUCUUCAGUUAUCGGCAUACACCUUUGAUGGCAUGGUUUUUGAGAUCCUUACUACUUUAGGUGCUGGAGGCGUUGUUUGCAUACCAUCAGACGACGAGAAGAUGAACAACAUUACAUCAGCAAUCAACCGAAUGCAAGUCAAUACUGCAUUCAUGACACCUGCAUUUGGGAGAUUGAUCCUUCCGGAAUCUGUGCCAACUCUAAAAACUCUUCUUUUAGGGGGCGAUAAAUUGAUUCAAGAGGAUUUAGAUCGAUGGAUUGGGAAGUUGCGGCUAUUACAAGCAUAUGGACCUACUGAAUGUUGCUGUAUGUGCAUUGCUAGUGAUAUCACUGAGAAAGGUCUAAACCCCGCCAAAAUGGGGCCUGGUUUCAUUGGAAGUUUUAUUGUCCUUGACCAUAACGACCAGUUAGUCCAACGGGGUGUUGCAGGUGAAUCAUUGAUUGGUGGACCGCUUGCGAGGGAGUAUCUUAAAAAUCCCGAAAAGACGAAGGCGUCAUUUGUGCCUACACCUUCAUGUAUCCCUGCCGAGACGACUCGAUGGAAAAGAUGGUAUAGAACGGGCGACUUGGUCAAAAUGGAUGUCGAUGGAUCAAUUAUAUAUAUUUCACGAAAAGAUGCGGGUGCGCAAGUCAAGCUAAACGGCCAAAGAAUUGAGAUAGGUGAAAUCGAAAGUCAUCUUCAUCAAAAUCUAGACAAUGUUAUAGAUCUUGCUACAGUAAUAGCAACCCCUGCGGACGGCAGGUCGUCAUUCCUAGCAGCCUUCUUGUGUCUUAAAGGUGAUAGCAACAGUAGAGAAAAUGGAAAAAGCUCCCUUUUCAAGAAAUGUCUCGAUGAGUCAACCAUCCGAUCACUUCUUGACCGCUUGAGUCUCGCACUACCACAAUACAUGAUACCAAAAGUGUAUAUACCUGUAUCAUCGAUACCGCUUACUGUCUCUCAGAAGUGGGAUCGCCAAACCCUACAGACUCUUGCAGCUGGCUUAACUCCUUCGGAAUUUGCAUAUUUUUCUGGACAAGUAACUACAUACCAAGCCCCUUUCACCGACAAUGAACUUCAAAUGCAGCAUCUAUGGGCCACUAUAUUGAAAAUUCCAACAGGUAGUAUAGGCAGAAACGAUAGUUUUACACGACUUGGUGGAGACUCCAUCCUUGCUAUGAAACUCGUUGCUGCUGCGCGAGAAGAUGGCAUAAACUUGACGGUUGCAAAUAUAUUCCAAACUCCGGUCUUGUCAGAUUUAGCCAAGACACUGGUGGAUGCCAAUAUCUCUACAGUUGUUGCACAGAGGAAUGUCUCUGCAUUUUCCAUGAUCGGAGGACGUGGUCAGCUGCUGAAAGGAACCAUUGAUGAUGUUAUCGACCCAGACCACGUUGAAGACUUGUACCCAUGUACUCCUUUUCAAGAAUCUAUCAUGGCACUAUCAAUGAGCCAUCCUGGCACGUAUGUUGCACAACACGUUUUCGAAUUAUCCAAGGACAUAUACUCUAAUAUUGACAAGUUUUGCGACGCUUGGAAUGAAGUUGUACGUUCUAGUCCAAUUCUUCGUACUCGCAUCAGCGAGCAUGAAUCAGCAGGUCUGAUUCAAAUGGUAAUUAGAGAAGAUAUCUCAUGGAACAUGCGAGAUAACCUUCAACGGUAUCUGGAAUCCGAUAAAGAGCAGCCUAUGGGCUUAGGAAGCCCUCUCAGUCGUUACUGUAUUGCUGAAGAGACGAACUCAACCGAUCAUAAAUAUUAUUUCGUCCUUACCUUGCAUCAUGCAGUAUACGACGCCUGGAGUAUAAAUCUGAUGCUUGAACAGGCGGGGAAAGAGUACGGAAGACUCGUGAGCAUUCCUACGAACGAAGCAAACUCCGUUCAACACCAAAAUAUUCCAUUCAAUCGUUUUAUGAAAACUAUUGUCAAUUUAGAUCGACUUGCAGCAGAAAACUUUUGGAAAUCAGAGCUUGCGAGUGAAGGCGCAAAAAUCUCACAUUUUCCAAGUAUCAAUUCCGGGUACCAGCCGCAACCAGGUGCAAUAGCAAUCAAAGAGAUCAAAUUAGUUCGAGAGGCUAAUUCUGACUACCGGAUCUCAAAUGUUAUCCGAACAGCCUGGGCAAUUGCCAUAAGUAACUACUCCAACUCCAAUGACGUCAUCUUCGGCGAGGUCUUAACAGGACGUACUGGCUCAUCGGCCGAUCUAACUCGAGUAGUCGGGCCUACAUUAGCUACCAUUCCGGUUAGAAUCACAUUGGACCCGCAGGGCACAGCUCUUAAUUUACUCAAGGAGGUUCAGGCUAAAAUGAUUCAGAUGAUGCCCUUUGAACAGAUUGGUCUAUCCAAUAUUCAGCGACUAGGCGAAGGGCCGAGCAAGGCAUGCCAAUUCCAGAAUAUCUUGGUCAUACAACCUAGAGAAAAUUCAGCUAUCGACAACUCAUUCAUAGGAAAACGCCGAAUGGAUCUUGUGGACGCAACUGUAUGGGAUACAAAUGCUUUAACUCUAGAAUGUCAUCUUACUGGAGAGGGAAUGAAGGCGAAGGCAAUCUUUGACUCGGAAAUUAUAGAAAGUCGACAAAUGGAGAGGAUACUUUCACAGUUCCAGCACAUCGUUCAGGAAUUAUGCCGUGAAGAUGCAGGAAAAUCUGUCCAGGACAUCAAUUCUAUUAGCGAAGCUGAUUUAGAGCAUCUUUGGGAAUGGAAUUCUACAUUACCAGAGGUAAUGAAGUCCUGCGUACACGAAGUCAUCGACAUCAUGAUAAAGCACGAUCCUAAUGCUCCAGCAAUUGCCUCUUGGGAUGGCGAUUUGACUCGUGCCGAGCUAGAAAGUCUAUCAUCUCGACUGGCGUCUCAAUUGAUGAAUCACGGAAUAGGACCAGGAAGCAAGGUACCUUUGUUCUUCACGAAAUCAAAGUGGGCUAUCGUAGCUACACUGGCCACUAUCAAGUCCGGAGCUGCAUUUGUACCCUGCGACCCUUACCAUCCUCGGUCACGCCUUACUUCAGUUAUUCAACAAGUUAACGCUCAAGUAAUUCUUUGUUCAAGCGAUAUCCGGCAGUCGUGUUCAGACUUGUUUCCUUGCGGCAAAACAAUUGUGGUGGGAGAAAGCGAGAUGAAUCUGCUACCAACGCGGACAGACAUUGUGAGCAAUGUUAGCCCGAUAGACCCUCUCUAUAUCUGCUUCACCUCAGGUACUACUGGAAUUCCCAAAGGUACAGUAGUAACCCAUGAAGCAUAUUGUUCGGGCGCGAGAGAUCAUGGUAAAGCGCUACACUUCGGACCAACAUCACGAUUUUUACAAUUCGCGUCCUACAGCUUCGACACUUCCAUCGAGGAUAUCUUGACAACCCUCAUGACAGGAGGUUGCCUUUGUAUACCAUCUGAGGGAGAACGGACCUCGGACAUUGUGGGAGCGAUAGCUAGGAUGAAUGUCAAUACAGCAGACCUGACACCUUCUUAUAUAAGCUCGAUCUCGCCUGACUCGGUUCCGACAUUGAAGAGAAUAACUCUUGGUGGAGAGCCUAUCACUGCUAAUGUCAUCAAGACCUGGGCAGAUCGCGUUCAUUUGAUUAAUGCUUUCGGAACUACCGAAUGUUGCGUAACAAGUGUAGUGAACGCAGAUAUCUCCCCCAGCACGUCGCCUACCAACAUUGGACGUGGAGCAGGCGCAGUGACUUGGAUCGUCGAUACUGAGGAUUCAAACCGUCUUCUGCCAAUUGGUGCAAUCGGUGAACUUCUAAUUGAAUCACCCGCCAUGGCUUUAGGGUAUCUUGGCGACGAGGUAAAGACUAGAGCCGUUUUUAUCGAUAGUCCCAAAUGGGCUCGCAAUUUCAAUUCGAGUCACCGUCCUGGACGUCUUUACAAGACUGGCGAUCUUGCCCAAUACAAUUCUGAUGGAACAAUCAAUUACCUCGGCCGCAAGGACACUCGAAUCAAACUUCGUGGACUUCGUAUAGAGAUCGCUGAUGUGGAACAUCACAUACUUAGUCAUCCGCAAGUUAGAAAAGCUAUGGUUAUAUUGCCUACUUCUGGGCCAUAUGCUGAUCAUCUUACCGCUAUAAUUGAGCUCGAAACGUCAGCAGACUCGGAGAUAGCUAGUGGUAUUGCGACAGUUUCUCAUUUGGAACUUGAAGCUUCCGGAUUCAAAUGGUCUCGAAUUGCCAAUCAUCUAACAGAUAACCUACCAAGCUAUAUGGUCCCUUCUUCUUGGGUCGCUAUGAAAACCAUACCACUUCAUACCUCCGGAAAGCUGGAUCGUCCUAGGCUUACCAAGUGGCUUAAUAGUCUUCCGGUGAUCCAAAAAGCUGAUAGUUAUCCCAAGAGCAGCGAAGCACCUUUACUGCCAUCAGAUGACCAUAUUGCAUUUGAAAUCAGUGAUAAAAUUGCACAGCUUGUUGCUACGAAGCCCUCUUCACACUUCAAUUCGGACAUCAUAGGUCGUGAUGUUAACCUUGCUUCUAUUGGAAUUGAUUCCAUCAAGAUCAUGUCUCUUGCAGCUUCCAUCAAACGAUCGUAUGGAAUUACUAUACCUAUGCCCAAGCUUAUCAACUAUCAGACCACAAUCUCGGAUGUUUCAAAAUACAUUCGUGUUGCGACUAAUGUUAAAGGCGAGAAACCCAUAGAAUCAGCACCUGCCCUUGAUUUGAUGCAAGAAAUCACAGACCUAGACAUACAGUUAGCCUCGAUGCAGCAUCAUUUUGGAGUUGUCUUCCUGACAGGCGCCAGCGGUUUUCUAGGUACCCAGAUACUUCGAGAACUUCUUGAAAGACCUGGAGUCAAGAAGGUCAUCGUACAUGUACGCGCUUCAUCUAAUGAUAAUGGCAGACGACGGAUCAUAUCAGCAGCUAAAUCCGCAAGAUGGUGGCACAACACUCUCGCAGCGAAGCUCGAAAUAUGGACGGGAGACUUAGCCAAAUCAUUGUUAGGGUUGAGUUCUGAAAAAUGGCAAGAACUAAGCACAGUCGAUGCCAUCAUUCAUAAUGGAGCUUCAGUGCAAUGGAAUGCGGACUAUCAAACCCUCAAAGCUGCCAAUGUCAAAUCUACCUUUGAUAUUCUGAAAAAUAUUACAGGGGCUGUUUCGCCUCCGCGAUUCGUCUAUGUAUCUGGAGGUCGUGAUUUUGAAGGAGAGCUUGAUGAUAGUACAACCGCCAUGAAACUGAAGGGACUUGAUGGUUAUAGCCAGACGAAGUUCGUUUCAGAGCUAAUGGUAAGAAACUUUGCCCAGAGAGCUACAUCUUUAGCCCAAAGCAAUCAUGUCUCUAUCGUCAAACCGGGAUUGAUCAUUGGCACGACCCGGGAAGGAGUUGCUAAUACCACUGACUUCCUAUGGAGAUAUGUAGCUGGCGCCAUAAACGUCGGUGCAUAUCCUGUCCCUGACAAAAACGAUUGGUUGACUGUUGCACAUGCGGAUUUCGUCGCAAAUUCUACUAUCAAUGCUUUGGUCAAUACUCCCAAUAAUUCAAAUUAUACAUUGGAUAUAACUGGCGGAAUCUACAUGCAACGAUUUUGGGAUAUUGUUAAUAACAAUAUGGGACAUCGACUUCGCCCGAUUACUUCGUAUGAAUGGGCAGGGUUGAUUAAGAAGGAUAUGGAGAAGAAGACAGAAGCUCAUCUGCUUUGGCCGGUAGCUCAUCUUAUCACCGAGGAGGGAAAUUUGGGUAAGAGUAGAAGACCAAGGGAAUUAGAUAUUGUGUUUGAGAAGCAGAUAGAGGAGGCGAUCAAGAAGAAUGUGGAGUAUCUGAAUGAGAUUGGCUAUUUUAGGUAGGGGAUUUUGGAGGCUGUGAGGCAAUAAUGGCAGGAAGCUGUUUUUAAUUUUUAUUAAAAGUUUGAAUGGAUUUGACGCUGGUUUUUUCUAGGGCACCUGGAUGUCUGCUAUUUGUUCAUAAGUUCACGUUCUUUUAGCUCCAAAGAAAUUUUGCCACCA